AUGCACUAUAGUAUCACUUUCAUGUUGCAUCCACAGAACUCUACAGCUAAGUUUGUCCAGGUUACAGCCAGCCCAAGCAGUGAUGGGUACUGAAUGCUUUGUUUGUUCAGCAACUCAGGUUCAAAUGGUUAUAAAAUUUUGAAUUGUGCCAGAAGUUAACUUGUGGUCAGGUGCUGGCCUCUGUGUCCUCAGAUUCACGUGCUGGUAUUUCCUCUCUUCAGUUAGACUGUACGGCUUUGUACCAGGGAGGUUCUAGCCCAGCAGUUCCCCAGGAAAAGGAAAUGGAUCGUGCAGCUCUGAACAGUUCCCCUUUGCUUUUGCCACUCUUCUCCCUGCCGUGGACUGUGAUGAAACACUCCCUCUCCUCUGACAAAGAUGAUUGAACUUUUUGGCUGCAACUAAAGACACCUGCUAAAUAUGAAGUGACGAAAGCUGAAAUAGGAAGAACGUCUCUAUAGAGGAUGAAGAAUGAAGAUAGUGGGGAGCUGCUUUGGCACAGAAUACUUUGGCACAGAUUUCUCGACUGGACAUUGGAAAUAACUUUGGUUUUGGGCUUCUUUCUGUUGACCCGGGAGAAUUAAUGUCUGGUCUUUGAGGCCAGAUUGAAAAUAUGCCUACAUGAGAGAGUCUCUACAAAACUGAUCCUGUCUUGGCUUUAAGAUAAAAAGAUGGCCUAUCACAAAGUGAAUGCAGACCAGAGAGCACAGGGGCACUCUCCAUACCUUGACAAUGAUGAUCUCCAGGCCACAGCGUUGGAACUGGAAUGGGACAUGGAAAAAGAGCUGGAGGAGCCUGGCUUUGACCAUUUCCGACUGGAUGGUGCAGUCCAGCACCAUCUAGGAAACUCUCAGAGCCCUGACCUUGAUCUUGAGCCCAUCCAGCCAUCGACUUCUCCUAAAGGAAGAUUCCAGCGACUUCAGGAAGACCCUGACUACAUCUCACACUACACAAGACAGGCACCAAAGAAUAACAGCUGCAACUUUUAUCAGAUACUGAAAGUAUUUUGCACUGCUUUGAUUGUAUUUAUUUUUGGAAUUGUGAUAGGAUAUUAUUCAGGCAAGAAAUGUCCUUCUCCCCCAGCAUCUCCAGAACCAAAUAACCCUCAUAUCUACCGUGAAAUCCUCAAGGAAAUCAAAGCUGAAAAUAUUCAACAGAUUUACAGAGAAUUGUUACAGUUCCCUAGAGAAGAAGAUGUAGACACUGCAAUGAAAAUUCUGGUUCAAUGGACUUCUCAUGGCCUUGAAGAUGUCCAGCUGGUAAAUUAUUCUGUUUUGCUUGACCUACCGGGCUCUUCUUCAAAUACAAUAACUCUGAAAAACAGCGGUGAAUGCUUUUAUCCUGAUGGACAGCAGUGCAACAGAGGGACCAAAACUCUUCAUAGCCAAGACCUCCUGUACUCAUAUGCAGCUUACUCUGCCAAAGGAACACUUGAGGCAGAACUUGUUGAUAUACAGUAUGGGACCAUAGAAGACUUGAUCCGGAUUCAAGCCAUUACAAACGUGACCAAAAAAAUUGCACUUUUGAAGCUAGGACAAUCACCUUUACUUUAUAAGCUUUCUUUGUUAGAAGACGCAGGAUUUGGUGGUGUUCUUCUUUACGUUGAUCCUUGUGACUUUCCAAAGACUACGGAUCUUGCUGAUAAAGCUUUUAUGGUUUCCUUGAACAGUGGAGGAGAUCCAUCAACACCUGGCUAUGCCAGUAUUGAUGGAAGCUACAGACAACAUCGACUGAACCUCACAACAUUGUUAGUGCAACCAAUUUCUACGGUACUUGCCAAAAAACUCAUUUCUGUACCUGAGAACAAUAUCCGAAAAGACAGGUGUGUCCCCCUUCAACUGCCAAGUAGAGAGAAAAAAAUAAUCAGUCUGAAUAUUCAGUCAGUCACAACAUACAGGACAAUUUCUAAUGUUAUUGGAUAUUUAAAAGGAACUGUGUUUCCUGACAGGUAUGUCCUAAUUGGUAGCCAUCACAGCAGUUUGAACACUUCCAGUGGGCAAGAAUGGGCCAGUAGCACUGCUAUCAUUACAGCAUUUAUACAGGCUUUGAUGCUGAAGGUCAAGAGAGGCUGGAGACCUGACCGGACCAUUGUUUUCUGCUCCUGGGGAGGAACAUCAUUUGGGAACAUCGGUUCAUAUGAAUGGGCAGAGGAUCUCAAGAGAGUUCUUCAAAGAAAUGUUGUGGCUUAUGUUAGCCUCCAUAAUCCAGUCAGGGGCAACUCAACUUUACAUCCUAUUGCAUCUCCUUCUCUUCAGCAACUGACAGCAGAGAGUCAGAGCUUCAACUGUGUGGAAAAGACUAAGUGUCCAGGAUCUAAUGUGAGUUCUGUGCAGAUACAGGGAGAUUCAGAUUAUUUCAUCAACCAUCUUGGAGUACCUGCCAUGCAGUUUUCUUAUGAGGACAUCAACAAAUCAGAGAAUUCUAGCUUUCUCUCCGAAGCUCUUUUUCCUGUACAUACAACAAAAACUGAAGAGCUGGAUCCCUCGUUCAAACUGCAUGAGACCAUUGCAAAGCUAACAGGACAAGUGACUUUACAAAUUGCCAAUGAACCAGUUUUGCCGUUUAACGCCCUCGACAUCGCACUAGAAGUUCAGAACAGUCUUAAAGUGUUUGUAGGUGAUGAAGUAGAUGCUUCUCAGUUGCUUGCAGUGGCAUCACAGCUGAGGGACACUGCAGAAUUGUUCCAAUCAGAUGAGAUGCGCCCAGCUAAUGACCCCAAGGAGAGAGCUCCUAUCAGAGUCCGGAUGCUCAAUGAUGUGCUGCAAAGCUUAGAGAAAAGCUUCCUGCUUCAGCAAGCUCCUCCAGGGCUUUACAGAAAUAUUCUUUACAGACUAGAUGAAAGGACAAACCAGUUCUCAGUACUGCUAGAGGCACUGGAGCACUACAAGCUACAUCAGUCAAAUGAGACCAUUCAAGCAGCCUUGUCAGAGGUGCUGAACAGCAUCAGUUCAGCUCAGGUUUACUUCAAAGCAGGACUUGAUGUGUUUGAGACUACCUUAGCUGGAAAGAAAUGAGAGAAUUCUCUGCAUUCUAAGACGUUUGUUUACAACUCGCUAAACAAAAGUUCGACUCGGACCAGAAUUUCUCUGAGGAUGAAACCUUUCUCAACUUUUCUUUCAGUUGGCGCUAAAAUGUACUUCAAUGUGUGUUUAUAAAUAUAAAACAGUCUUUUGCACUGUUCACAGUAUAUCUCAAAUGUCUGUUUCUGAAUGUAUCAAAUAAUGGGAGGGACUAACACUUAAUGAUUUUUGGAAGGAUAUCUGCUGUAUUUUUAUAUGUAAAAUAUAUUUUUAUGACUUAAAGUUCAAUCUUGCGAAGUACCAAGCACAUCCUGCAAUACACUGAAGACCUGGUUCUGAGACACCCCAGAUGUAUACCCAGGUGAGCUUUCCAUGCCUACUCUGUCAGAAAAAUGUGAGUUAAAUAUACUCUGGUGUUCCUUAACUUCCUCAGCAAACUCAUCUUCCUUACUUUCAGAAUAAGUAGUUGAAGGAUGUGGCAUUUUCUGGGGUAUGCAGUGCUGAAGUUAAUCUGGAAAUGCUCAAAACACUCUUAUCAGUGCAAUCUAACAUCUUUAUUCCUGUGGAAGAAUAAAUACCUCAAUUCUGAGAAUACAGAUAAAUUUUGAUUAUCACAUUUCUGUCUGAAACAAAAUUGUUUUCUCUGCUAAUUCUUGGAGAGAGAAUUUCUGUGAUGAUUACAAGUGAUUUGAAAUGUUUGCAUCAGUAGUUAAAAGUGCAAAAAAAAUUAAUCUUUAUGGUAAGUAAAAGAAUUACCUAGUCUGAUUAAGCUACAGGCCUUGUAAGCUUAUAUGUUACCGAAAGAAGCCACUUCAAAGUCUCCCUAAAUUUUCAGGGAGCAGUAUGUAAAAAUAAGAGCUCGAAGUUCUGGAAACAUUUCUGAGAUUCCACCACUUGGCGACACCACUCACUAUUCCAGGGUGGAUCAUUCCAACUGUAGUGCCCAGUUUGUUCCCUACCUACCACGGAACAAGCAAUUCACCUCUGAAGACAAAUAGAUGAAGCAUACUGCAGGGCUAGUUUGCAUUGGUGGAAGCCCUGUCCAGAGGCUGUAAUCACAGUGUUAACUUGAAGUAAUCUCUGAACAAAAGGAUCAGGAGGUUCAGUGUCCUAAACCUCUAAGGGGAUCAUACACACACUUGAGAAUUGCGUCUUAAUAAUAUGAACACUUAAAACUGUUAAACCCAACUGGGUUUAGAGUUUUGCAAUCCCAGAUGAUUCUGGGAUUAGAGCUUAAAAAAUAAUUUUAUAUAGAUUCUUAGAAUUAAAAUAUAAUUUAUUUGAUGGAAACAAUAAAUGUAUUGUUACCAAAUUUGCCAUGGAAACAUUGCAGAAACAUUUCAGGUAUCUGUAUGAAUGUAAAGAAAUGCCUUCAGGAAAAUGUCAAAGUGCUCAGUUUGGUGAAAGGGUGAAAGUUUAUGGAAUAGCUUUUGAAUUGAGCAUUUGUAAUGUAUAUGUUCACAUUAGCAAGAAAUGAGAGUUGUUUUUGGAUCUGUGUUUCUGUUUUCCCAAAGACAAAUGGGCCUCUAUUAGCAGUGGCCUAGGACAGGGUACAUACAGCUAUGCUGUUGCUACAUUUCUUUGCAAGUUUUUAUCAUAACAUGGGCAAAAGCAUCCCUGUUCUGACAGAGGUGGGACUAUGCAAUUAUACAGCCACAAGUGAAGUGAGAAUAUGUUCAGAGACAGUGACUGUGACUGCAUGAACUAAGACAUGAUUAUCUCAAUUUACCUGGCAUCUGUUAAGAAAGAGUGUAUGAUUAUUCUCUUGCUAAUGCUGGUACCAAGUCUGUUUACUGCAAAGAGGGUUUGACUGCUGAAGAGUAACAUUUUUAAUGAUAAUCCAAUGCUUGUCUAUCCUCUUGUUUCCAUAAUUUUUAUUAUAGUAAUACUUAAAUGGUUGGAAUAGCCACAUUUGAGUUGUAUGUUUCUUUUGUGAUAGUAUUUAGGAAUGUAAUAUGCGCACUACAUGUGAAUUGUCUUUUCUAAUAGGGAUGACUCUUCUAACAGGAAGUUUAGCAACAUUUUCUUUAGAGUGCUGACUCACAGUGGAGUCAACGUCUAUGGUUUUCAAUGAUAUAGACUCAAGUGCCAUUAAGAGACCAAAACCAGAGAUGAACACUUCCUUUAAUUCUGCCAGGUGAAUUUAAUAACUAUUUCCUGUCCAGAAAACCUUCCCCUAAUGUAGCCCAAAGUGUACUCAUGCAAAAUCAGGGAAAUCAGUUGGGAAGAGUAUCUCUCAUGUAUGAUUUCUCAACCAUGUAAUUCCUCACUAAAACAUUUAUCUUGUUUUCUCAUUAAUGUCCUUCUAUAACACCUUUAAAAACAGAAGACUUCAAAGUGUUCCACCACAAAAGGUAUUGCUACUGUAUUGCUACCUGUAAAGUCUAGAGACAAUCAUAUAUUCCUGUUGUAGAGAUGAAUCAAAUGAGCUCUUUGGGGACAAAAAGGCAUUGAUUUCAAUGCCAUCUCACACUUGUAGAUCUCUAGUUUUUUAUUUCAAAUGUUCAAAUCCUGUGUAUAUAAGUCAGUGCUCAGUGAUAAUAUUUGCACCAUUAUAGCUUUGGAAAACGUACUUUUGAGCCAUAUCCUUCCAUUGAUUUUUAAAUCUUACCUAUUGACUUCAAAGAAUUUAUAUCAAGUUAAGAUCCUAAACACCUGCAGUAUUUCCAACAGAAUUUUCUAGCUGUGGAACAUCAGCUAAGGGAAGGUAUUAGUAAAUCAUAGUAGCUUACCCAGACUGAAUUCAUUCCUGUAUUGUUUUGAAAUGAAUAGAGCGCCCUUAAAGGCUGCAACAUGUUUGCAAAUUGCCUGAAUGAUAGUAAAAAUCUGUUACCUUUACAGAAGCAUCAACUGCCAGAGACAGUAUAACAAAUGCAUUGAUUACUAAGUAAUCUAGUCAUACUCUCAGUGACCAGAAAAUCCUUGCAGCUUGCAAUAUUUGUAUGUUGAGAUGGUUGAUAAUAAAAAGCUAAUAAGAUUUUAUUAGUGCGUAUUUUAGAGAGUACAUAAAGGAGCUAAAGUAUAAUCAACUCAGAUGAAUAAUAAGUACAUGGGAGCUGGAUUUUGAGUACUAACCUUAAAAAAGGCAGUGAAUUGUUUUUAUCAUCCAAGAAAAACAAGGCUCUUUUGAUAUACAGUAUAUGUGCAAAUACGCAAACACACAAAUAUGCAAAUGCCUUAUAUCUUCAAAACACUGCAGAAAUAUUAAUUUACCUGCAGUGAGAUGAUACAUCUGCACAAACACUGAUGUAAAUAAUAACUGCAUUAGAAAAUUAGCAUUCAUUUUGCACUGCUUCACUUACCUUUUAAAAAGUAUUUCAGUCUAGAUGUGUGAAAGAAGGCACUGCAGCUGACCUAAGUUCCUGAAACAGUAGGUAGGGAAAAGGCAAAAUGUCUCUGGUAUUACAGAAGGUACCUCUGGAGGCCAUCUAGUCCUUGCUCGAACAGGAUCUCCUGGGGCUGUAUUCCCGGAAGGGAAUAUGUCCAGAUGAAUUUAAGUAUCUUCAUGGAUGGAGAUUCCACGGCAUCUCUGGACAGUGGCUUCCAAGUGCUUGGUCACCCUCAUAUUAUAUAUAUAUAAAUAUUCUUCUUCCAUAGAUACAAUUUCUCCAAAUUUCUCCCUAUAUUUUUAGUUGUAAAAUUAUUAAUAGAUUUAAUUACAUACAUCCAAAGAUAACCGUCAUUUCAUUCAGUGAAAACUCUUGUCCAAGGUCUCCAGAAUUCCACAGUUAAUAUGUUGGAAAAUUUGUAUAUGGAAAUUUGUACUGCUCACCAAGAGGUUUAUUUUUAACUUGUAGAGACUAAUGCCUUUGUCUUUUGAGGUUGUUACAGUGCCUGGUUCCCAGUCACAGGUUUUCUGUAUACAUUACAAGACUUACGGAGAACAAAAGAUGAGUUAGAAAAUGCAGGAAGGAGAAGUCAGCUUAUGGGCACCUAUAUGCUAUGGUAAUUGUAUUUCUGGCUUUAAAACUAAUAAAUAUGAUAAGCAUAGUUAUAUGCAUAUGCAUUUUCAAGAGUCCAGUUAACAUGUUCCUCAAAAUCCUUCUGUGGUGAACUGUUAUCUGUGUUACCCAGAAAUGGGUACCUUUGACACAUUGUAGACGCUAUCCAUAGCCUAGGGUGGAAGAUGUUAAUUCCCUUUAGCGCCUUCCUGCAUUUUAUUAAGUCUGAGAAAGGUGAGUGAUGGGAAACAAACCUCAUUGUAAGAUGUCUGGGAGCUGAAUUUUGAGAACAGUCUUAUACAGCACUGCAAAUGUUCAAAACAUAGCAAGGUGUCUUCUAGGGACGUGGUUUACAGGGUGACAUUGGAAGUAGGGUGAUGGUUGGACCAGAUGAUCUUGAAUGUCUUUUCCAACCUUAAUGAUUCUAUGAUUCUGUUGGAGCUGAGUCUACAAAACUUGGGAUAGAGACUCCAAUAUAGCAAACAAAGGUCUCAGAAAUAUAGAAUAAACAAUUAGUUACUGGCUAUUAAAGGUUACACUUAGAGUAUAAAAAAAAAAAAAAAAAAAAAAAAAGGCUACAUAAUGACAUAAUGGCUACAUACAAAAGGUAUCCGUAUAAAGAUAUGUAAAAUAUGGCUAGAGCAGAAGCAAAACUUGGCUACUGUAUCACAGUGUUUUAAGUGAUUAAGGAUGGCAAGGACUCAAGCCAUAUGCACAAAAACGAAUGUGAACACUUGAACCAAGGAAGUGCCUAAGAAUAAUGAAGACUCAUUUAGGAAGCAGGUAGGUAGCAAAUGAUGUAAGAGUAUCUGAAUCGGACUGUAUGUUUUCUAAAACUAUGGUGCAAUCAGACCUAACAUUGUUUUUCCCUAAUUUUAAUCCCAUUGCUCCUGGUUGUAUGUAGUAUUGCUCUUACACACUCAGCGUAACUGGAGAAUAUGUAGACAUGUAGAUUUAGGUUCACUGAAAGAUUAUGUUCCCCCUCAAUCAUACAGACUCAGUCUGCUUCUUUCAGCAGGAUUGAUUUUACCAUGACUGCUUAUCAGGGUGCUAUACUACACGAAUGAGGUCAGCAGAAUUUGGCUACUGUUUGUGGAAUUUCCCAAAAGAUUUUAUAUCAGAAUAUUGUUUAUUUAUGUUUAGUCUAUUCUCUUUAAUCUCCUAAUAUAUAUUAUUACAAUCAAGAGUACAUUUUUUCAAACAAUGGGCAGGAAUCUCUUGGUCAAUGCUAAGUAUACACAGGCAGUAUGUGCUUGUACAAGUGAUGUGUUAUAAUUUAGUAUUAACUGAAGAGUUGUUAUAAGUGUUGGCAUGGAUUAAUGCACACAUUCUCUUAUGAGCUUCACAAAUUGGAACUGAUGCAAGGACUUAAUUUAAGAAAUGCAGUCAGAGUGUAGGUGAGGAACAACAUUUGCUACAUAAAUGCAGUAUAUACUUCCUUGUCUGCCUAAUCCAUUGGGUUAAAAAAGAUUGUGGUUUUAUUUAAACUACUUUUCUCUGAUACGUUUUCUAACAAGCCUUUGAAAAUGAAGUCUCUCUCUUUACUUUUAUUUUAAAUUCCUGCUAUCUUUAAUGUUUAUGGAAAGCUCAUGAUGUGUUAAGACAAUGUGAGGUCUUCCUGUCUGAUCAUUCUUAGAUUUUUUGGUAGAAUUUGAAGUUGUAUUUCAAAGCAUGGUCCUUGAAAGGUCAUUUACUGAGCUGUUAAUAUAUAUGAUACAAUAGGCUUGGGUGCUUGUCAUUGCCAUGCAGUGGUAUAGGUAUGCAAUGUGAUGCUUUCAGGCACUAAAGAGAACAAAUAUGUUUUUAUGAUAGUAUUGCAAAGACCUACUAAUUUUCCCCCAUUUGAAACUGUUCUAGUUGGAGCAUGCUGGUAAUACAGCAAUGUAACAUUGAGUUCUCUUAGCACCUGCAGCAAAAUCUUUCUACAGGUGGAAUGUUGGGGUGUAGUCUGAGCUGUCAGUGUGCUUCCGCAGUUUUUAAUUAGCGUCCCUUGUAGCCCCAGUCAGCUGUUAGGUAGUGCAGGCCUGAUACUGGUUUGAAUGACACCCAGGUGGGACAGGUAAGUCUGACUGAGACAUUUGUCUGCUACAGAAACCAUGUCCUUAAAAAGUUAAAUAUAAUAUUUUACAAGUACUUCCCAGACUUUGGGUGUUUUCAGUCUGUACUGAAGGUUCUGAAGAAGUAUACUAGAACACUGUUGUUUUUUUCAUGUAGUCUCAUUUUCUGUUCUCGACAGCUGAAACAUCUUGUAGUCUAUGAAUCCACUAGAGGAGAAAUAAGGAGAUGCUUAAUAUUUCAUACUUAGAGCAGAUAAGAUAAAUACAAAUUCUCUUUGUUUUCCAUUUGCAGUUUAUGCAAGUCAGUAUGCAACAUACUCUUAUCACACAUAUUAUGAUUUGGUAUUCUGAGACAAAUGGAAAAUGAAUAUAAUUCCAUACCCAGAGAAAGUAUAAUGAAUUCAGGGAACACUUCACAGUCAAGUGUUUUAACCAUUUGCCAAAAAAAAAAAAAAAGUACGAGUGAAGAUAUUUGGAACAGAUGCUCUUGGGGUUUUAGUACAGGUCUGGAAAAUAAUGUUCUUCUGCCUAAGGCCAGAUUUUAGCAUUGUGUUCAUACCUAGCUGCAUGGUAAUGUGUUGUGUGUCAGCAUUGCUGUACCUUUGAGGAUUAAAGCUCACAUGCUGUUAUGAGUGAUCAUGUUAGUCUCAGUAUGAACUAUUAUUUUUAUGUCACAUAACACCUUACAGAUUUUAACUAAUCAGAUGGAAUAUGCAAGUAUUUCUGCCUUUUGUAUGCAAGGGAGCAGCUGUCAAGUUGUGUUAUCUUUGGGAAGCUUUGACACAGAGUGUGAGACGCCUGCAUGAUGACUCCGUUCCGUCUACAUCGAAGUUUUCAUGUAGUAAAAUCAAGGUACCACAACUGAUAGCUAGUCAAUUCUGAAUAUUAAACAACUAGUUUUUUCAACCAUGCAGCAAUAUAAACUUGAUGCAGUGAUUCCUGGAAACCAAUAAAUAUCAUGUUGUGUGGAAAAGUGCAAUGAACGGUUGAUUUUUAUAAAGCAUUAUAGAAUGUUGAGUCUGAAUACAACAGCAUAUUUGCAAAAUUAGUUUACGUUGUGUGAACUGUACUUUUAUAACAUACUGUAAUGAAAAGGUAACUGACUAUUAAUGUAAGGAGAUUCUAUGUACUUUGAUUAAGAAGUACCCUUUACUUAUCUGUGCUACAAAUAUGAUUUUUGCAGCCUAUGACAGUGUUUGUACAGAAGGCACCGUGGACUGGAAUUCAAUAAUAGACAAUUUGUAAAAGUGGUCAUGAAUUAGACGUUGUUUUUCCAUUGUUAUAUUUUUGCUAGAAAUCAAACUGGAAUAUGAAGAUAUGUAUAAUGUACAUUGCACUGAAUGAUUUAAAAUUAUAUUCAUUUGCUUUUUUGUUGUUUUUGCUUUCUUUUUUUAGUUGGUUCUGCCAGUAAGCUCUUAACAUAUGCCUCUCAAGCUGCUGAUUUAGUAACAUAGAUCCCAGGGCAUUAAAGUGUAAUAAAAAUUGGGAAGAGAAAAGCAAGAAAAAUAUAUAUAGACAGAACCUCAGAAACUGGGAUCCAAUAAUUUACUUACAGGUAAAAUUUAAAUCAUCCUCUUUUUAGAUGCUGGUAGAUAGAUAGCCAAGACAUUCAGAUAAUUGGCCUUUCAGGUAGGUGCCUUUGUUUUUUUGGGAAUCAAGAUUUUCAGGGGUACAUACUUGGGAUCAAUCUCCAAGUAUACUGUAUGAGACUCCUACAAACAAACAAAAAAAUAAUAAAGUCUAUUGAACAGCCUGAAUUCUAUCUGAAGAAUGAGACCACUCAGUUUAUGAUUAAGUAGUUAACUCAUGAAAAUAUGAAUUCCAUGUUUUGUUUAUUACAUAUGAAUAACUUGAAGUUUUUUCUCUACUUAUGAAGCACUUGAGAGGUGUAAUGAAAUAUUUUCAUUGUAAACAAAUGUGUAUUUCCAAACUUUAUUUCCAUUUUGUGUAGGUUUGUUUGUUUGUUUGUUUGCCUUUUUUAUUAUUUUUUUUCCUGAAACUGCUUUCAUGUUCACCAGAUUAAAAGUAAAAAUAAAAAUGAUACCUUCAUAAUGUUCUUAAUAAUGGCUAGAACAUUAAUCUAGUUUGGUACGUUAGCUCCAUACAAACUGCAGCUCUUGACUAGAAUAUCUCAUGGAAUGUUAAAGACUAAUUUGUGAAACAUAUUCAUUCAGAAUAUGUUUUCUCUAAGCCAUGUAAACAUGUGCCAUGAAAAUAAAAGCCAGCUGUAUAUCAACAAUUUA